GCUCUGGGGUGCGGCCACCAGCACCCGAAGGAGCCAAGCCGAGCAGUACCUGCUGAACCAGCUUAGUUAUCUCCAUGGCCUGAAGGGGCCUGUCGACAGGACCUGGGAUUUCAACCCAGAAACAGUGUAAUCUGUUGCAGCGCUUCCCUAUUUCCAGGCCUGGACGGGGUUUUUAAAACCUUGUCUUCCGGGUCCAAGAGCUGGUGUAGGGAUUGCAAGGUCCUGGGAGACAGGAUCCAGGAUCUGUGCCAGCAGCCACUAGCGGUGGGUGCUGCACAAGGGUGUCCUAUUCAAACCCUUCUGAGCCUGGGUUUCCUGCCUGCCUGCCUGCCUGUCUGCCCAGUGUUCUCAGACAGCAUGCUGGCAGUGCACUUUGACCAGCCAGGUGGACCAGAAAACCUCUACCUGAAGGAGGUGGCCAAGCCGAGACCAGGAGAGGGUGAAGUCCUCCUGAAGGUGGCAGCCAGCGCCUUGAACAGGGCCGACUUACUCCAGAGACUGGGCCAGUAUGCCCCACCCCCAGGAGCCAGUAGCAUUUUGGGACUUGAAGCAUCAGGACAUGUGGCUGAGCUGGGCCCUGGCUGCCAAGGACACUGGAAGAUCGGGGAUUUGGCCAUGGCUUUGCUGCCUGGUGGAGGCCAAGCUCAGUAUGUCACUGUCCCUGAAGAUCUCCUUAUGCCUAUCCCAGAAGGACUGAGCCUGUCUCAAGCUGCAGCCAUCCCAGAGGCCUGGAUUACUGCCUUUCAGCUCUUACACCUUGUAGGCAAUGUUCAGGUUGGAGACUAUGUGCUGAUCCACGCAGGGUCAAGUGGCGUGGGGACAGCUGCCAUCCAACUGACUCGGAAGGCUGGUGCUAUUCCGCUGGUUACAGCUGGCUCCCAGCAUAAGCUUCAAAUGGCAGAAAAGCUUGGGGCUGCUGCUGGAUUCAAUUAUAGAGAAGAUUUUUCUGAAGCAACCCUGAGAUUUACUAAUGGUGUUGGAGUUGAUCUUAUUCUAGACUGCAUAGGUGGAUCCUAUUGGGAGAAGAAUGUCAACUGCCUUGCUCUUGACGGUCGCUGGGUUCUCUACGGUUUAAUAGGAGGAGCUGAUGUUAGUGGGCCCCUGUUUUCAAAGCUACUUUUCAAACGAGGGAGUCUGAUCACUAGUUUGUUGCGAUCUAGGGAUAAUAAGUACAAACAAACGCUGGUGAAAACUUUCACGGAGCAGAUUCUGCCCUACUUCUCUAAGGACAGCCCCCAACGUCUGCUGCCAGUUCUGGACAGAGUCUACCAGGCGACUGAUAUUCAAGCGGCCCACGAGUACAUGGAGGCUAACAAGAACGUGGGCAAAAUCGUCUUGGAGCUGCCCCAGUGAAGGAGGACUCCAAAGCAAACUUGGAGUGGGUUCUGCUCCCAGGUCCGCCCCUGUAAAGGGGAUCUAACAAAAUAAAAAGAGUGUUUGUGAA